UUGUUUCCUCUUCUACACAGUUUGAACGGAGGCUCUCUUUUUUUCUGCUUCUUCUAACCUCACUGAUGUCACUGCAGCAGGGCGGAGCUUCGCCAUUCUGCAUAAAACAAGAGAGAGAGGUUCUGCUGUUGAAGCGGCCGGGUCUCUCCGUUCCUCCAUCUGAUCUGCUGCCUUCUUCCGCCUCCUCCUCUUCCUCCUCCAGCACCAUGGAGAGCUCCGGGUUGCUCCAGGCUCUGCUGCUCCUCAGCCUGCUGUGGGCCCGGUGUCACGGCCAGGCGCCACCGGACGUCUCCGCAGACGACUUCCAGGAUGAGAAACUGGACCCAGCUGCAGACCGAGACCUGGUGGAAGCUCUUGAGGUUCUUUUGGGUCGGAUCCACAGCCGGGUUUCUUCCACAGAGAAACGAGGGAGCAUCCCGCUGUGUGGGAUGGGGGGCCGCUGCGCCGUGAAGUUCGGCCCUCGCAUCGGGAAGCUCUGCGACUGCGGAAGAGGCGCCAACUGCAACUCUUACCUGCUGAAAUGCAUCUGAGGAGCUUUUUCUUUCUCCUGACUUCCUGCAGGGCUGAACAUCCUUCAGCUUCCAGCCCGGUCGCCCAAUUACUGUCCACAUCCGCCGUCAUUUGUCUUCCUCCGUGCGCCGCUGCUGCCUGAGGUCUAGCAUGUGUUUUCCACUCCUGACAGCGGCCUGAAGCAUGCAGAUG